AUGGGGAUUUACGAUUUUGAUCUCUACAAUCAUCCGGAAUGUUUGAACGAGGUAAAAAAAGAAUUGACAAUACUCAGUGAACAGAUCAAGAUAGUUGAAGGCCUCGAGCACGCCAGGGCCCGUCUUGCUGCGACACGCUCAUUGGACUCCAAUACUCUAUCAAAGUGCGACGUGUUCAUGCGUUGUGUCAACGAUAAUGCAUUUAAGCCUGACUUCGCUCUGGAGCUUCGUAAGCUAAGCUGGGACGGUUUGGCUUUCUGCUCUAUUAGUUUCGAAGAGAGACGCAUCCGAUACUUGGUUCGCCAUUUGAAGGCGUCAGAUAUUCGGACCUAUAUGAAAAAUGUAGGGGUGUCAUGUCUCGAUCGUCCGGAGGUUUCCACGCGCCUGAACCGUUUGUCCGCUGAAUCUCAAGGGAAGCCAUUUCAUGAGUAUUACACAACUAUCCACAAAGAACACCACGUUUCCCUGGCAUCGGCCUCUGCAGAACCAGAUGAUCAGAUGGAUGACGACACUUGGCCAGCUCCCAAACCUCGUACAACAGCUAUACAGCCUGGCGCCUUCGAGUUUCCUGCGGCACCUUGGACAAACAUCGAAAAGGUGUUUCCGAUACAAGUUGCAACAGCUAUUCGCCACGUCCCUCCGCGUAUAAACGAUCCAAACAUAACAGACUGUGUGCGAUCAAGAUUCCCACGGGGUCGCGGCGAUGGCGAUGCGGCCAUCUGGUUGGAUAUUGAAACUAUUGGGAUACAUCCAUUGCUGUGUGGCUCUGGACCAGGCGUUCUUACAACCCAGAUUAAGAAAGUCUUCGGUGAUACAGUCGCAUACGCUAUUGAGGAAAGCGAUUUACGGAAAUGGGAGAAAGAAAAUGGACUUUUGGAUACAACGGAAUGCGUGAAGGUGAAGAGGUUUUGUCAUGUGGAGCUUCGGAUAGCCUGCGACACAACUAUAGCGCAGAAUCUAUUCAGUUGA